AACGCCACAGGAAGCCCACGACUCCAGUGAAGCUUUAGCGAUACCCAGUGGCCUGUUCAAAGAACUACAAACAACAUGGCGGCCCCCGUGAGGACAUUGUGCUGCUCAGUGCUGAGGCUCUCCAGCAGACAAUUCAGCACGACAUGUGGAGUACGAGCUGGAGACAAAUGGAGGAAAGAAAAUGGACUCUCCCGCACUGGUUCAGAAUACGGCCCCCUGACAGAUCUGCCUGACUGGUCAUUUGCAGAUGGAAGACCAGCACCUCCACUGAAAGGACACUUGAAAAGAAAGCAGCAGAGAGAAGAUAUAGCAAGACGUAUCGUGAUGCUGAGCUCGGAGGUGGACAUGGGGAUCGAGGCGUGGAGGGAGAAACAGGAAGAGGCCAAACGAGUGGAGGAGCACAAAAAGUCUCUUUUACUCAAACCUAAAGGGAAGCUAAUGAAUAAAAAAACUCCCAGUUAGAAAGAGAUCACCAUGUCGCGUUAUGACACGUUCAAACAACAUGUUGACCUUCGGCUUGAUGAUGAUAUUUAUGUAAACCGUUUCUUUUCUUUGUGUUUCUGCAAUAAAUUGUGUUUUCCCGAUUCAUUCUUAAAA